AUGGCGACAGGGAAUUUUCGUCUACCGCCCCAACUCGACAUAAAUUCUGGAAAUAUCUCAGAAAACUUCAAACGAUGGCGACGACAAGUCGAAGUGUAUUUAGCCGCUUCUGGAGCGACGGCGAAGGAAAAGCAAAUCCAAACAGCAAUCAUCUUGAAUUGUGCUGGAAACGAUGUCCUCGAAGUAUACGAUAAUUUGACGUGGAACGAGGAAGGAGAUAAAGAUGACCCCGAAAAAGUCUUCGAAGCACUCGAAAAAUACUGCAACCCACGAGACAACGAGGUGAUGGAAUCACAUCGCUUCUGGAACAUCGAGUAUCAAGAGCCCUUCGACAAAUUAUUCACUGAGCUACAAAGAAGAAUCACCGCAUGCAACUUUCUUGAAAAGGAUAGGAUGCUGAGAGACAAAAUCGUCUUCACAGUGACUGGAAAACUACAAGAGCUUCUAUUGAGAGAAGACAACCUCACACUCGACAAAACCCUGAAAAUAUGCAGAGCUUUCGAGCAAUCAAAUAAACAAGUAAAGGAGCUUAAAAACAACAUCGGAAGCGCCUCACAUUCAACUCCAUCUAAUCUGAACAAAGUCUCCAAGAAAUCCAACCCAAAACUGCAAGACAGGAGAACCAGAUCCAACAAGAGCAGCAUGUCGAAGGCAGGUAAUGACAAUUUACAGUUUGAUUGUAAAUAUUGUGGAUACAAACAUGAACGAAAACGAGAAAAAUGCCCAGCUUGGGGUAAGACAUGCGAUAAUUGCAAAGGCCUGAACCAUUUCAAAUCCAAAUGUUCGAAGAAAGUACAUGCUGUUGUGUCUCAAUCGGAGGAUCAUAAUGACCCUAAUAAUGACUUUGAUGACAAAUGGCUUUUCGCCAUUAAUGAUGAGGAAACUGGAGUCACAGCAAAUCUCUCUAUCAAUGACCAUAUCGUGAAAUUCCAACUGGACAGUGCUGCUGACGUAAAUACAAUUUGCCAAAAACAUGUUGGAAGGCAGCAAGUAUCUCCAACAAACAUUCGUCUCAACAUGUGGAACAAGACCAAUCUCAAACCUCUGGGUGAAACUUCUUUAACUACCACUAAUCCAAGUGACAACACUCAACAUGAAGUCAAAUUCAUUGUAGUUCCUAACGGCUUUACUAAUCUUCUUGGCCUGAAUACUAUACAGGAACUUGGUUUUAUAACCAUCAACUGUAAUGCCUUCAUUUCAAAAGUGUCUACUCCUCCACUGGGAACUGGAUCGGCUGGUAAGCAAAGGCGUAUUGGAACCAGUUACUGA